CCCCUCCCGACACCGAGCGAGCGUACACAGCCACGGUGACCCACCGUUUCCUUUCCCCCUCUCUCCCGCCCCCUCACAAAACCCUAGCCCUAAAUCGCCUCUCCUCUUCCCACCCUUAAUCGACACCUCCCCGCUCCAAUCCUUCCCUGAAUCGGUUCGUCGAGUAGACAAAGCCUGACUUGGAAAGAGCUCUUUUGGAGGAAUACCUGUUGAGUAUCAUCCCACUUAUGUUAACACAAGGGGGCCAUGUUGAUGUGCUGUUCAUACUUGUUGUCCACUUCCACCAUAUAGUGGAAGCAAAAGUAACAUCAUGUCUGUUGAUGAGGAUCACGAGGAUGAAUUUUAUCAAAACAAAGCACCACCAAAUGGGGAGAGAUGUAAUUGGGAAGGAACUGCUAUGGAAAUUUUAACAAGAGUGGAACUUGAACUUGCAUACUCUUCUGAGAAGUUGCUAAACUUGGAGAUACUUCUGUUGGAAGUUGCUGGUAGAGCAAGUGAUAUUGAGUCUAUUAAUUUCGAGGAUGACUGUGUAUUGAAUGAUUCAGUAGAGAAGGCUUUUGAAUUUGACAUAUUAUCUGGAUUUUUAGACUCUGAGGUUAAAGAGUUAGACAACUUUAUGACAUCUCUUCAAAUGGAAAUCGUGGAUGCCCGCCAAAAAGUUUCUCAUGCAGAAUCUUCAAGGAAAAUGGAAGUGAAGUUGCAUGAUGCUGAAAUUUCCUUGAAGCAGUUUCGAGACUUGGUCGCUGAUAUUAGGAAAGAAUCAGUUAAAUUUGAAAGCGCCCAAUAUUUUGUUCGGAACAAAUGCUCAGGGGCUGGUGAAGAUGGGAUAACUGAAAAUGGUGAUCGUGCACCCAAGAAUACCAAGUGGACGAUGCAGACUACAGAUCAGCAAAGACAUGUUCUACAGAUGUUAGAGAAAUCCUUGGCAAGGGAGCUGGAUCUUGAAAAGAAGCUCUCUGAAUCAAGAUCUAUCGAGGAGGAACUCAAAUUAAAGUUGCAUCAGGCAGAACAAGAAUCGUACUGUCUGGAAGACUCAAUCGAAACGAUUAUGGAAAGAUUGUUUGAGGCUGACAAUGCUGCUGAGUUGCUUCUAGGAGUUUCGAAAGAGUUUGCAGGGAAACUCAAUGCCGUUCAAUUCAGUCUGAAUGCUUCGUUACGUCGAGAAAGCGAGGUGAGGUCCAAGCUACAAGAAGAGAUGAAUUGUGCGGAUUGUGAUGACAGUAUACUCUUGCAAGAAAAUGAUCUAAAAGCCAGCCUUAAAGAAGCUGAGGAUAAAUGGAUGGCUGCAAAUUCAGAGGUCUUGACUUUGAGGGAGAAAGUUUUAGUGCUUGAGGAACAGUUAAAGGAAUCAGAUGUCCAAUUACAAUUGGCGAAGGCCUCCGUUGAAGCGAGUCAGGAAAAGCAAAACAAUCUGCAUUCUAAACUAAGUGUGCUAGAAAGUAUCAUUGAAGGUCUUAAGCAAAAUGCUUCGAAAACAGAGAGCAGGGCUGAAGGUGCGGAAGCAAAAUCUACAGAGUUGACGAAAGCUAACAUGGAGCUUGCUGAAGAGUUAAAUGUCUUUAAAAGUCGUGGAUCAGAAAAAGCCAGCUUCUUAGAGAGGAAGCUCAAGGAAUCAGAUACGCAGCUAGAGCAUGCGAAAGCUUCUGUGGAGGCCAUUGUGGAACAACAGAACCUGCUCAAGUCAACAAUGGCUGAUAUGGAACAUAUGAUUGAAGACCUUAAAGGAAAGGUUUCAAAAGCUGAAACUAGGGCGGAGAGUGCUGAAUCUAAGUGCAGUCUGUUGACUGAAACCAAUUUGGAGCUUAAUGAAGAACUUUGUUUUCUAAGGAGUAGGAUCGAAAUCUUAGAGAACUCUUUGCGUCAAGCUGAACAUGCAAAAGUGUCCAGUGCCAAAGACAUAGGUAUUAGAACAAAAGUUAUCGCUGACCUAGUCACAAAACUAGCACUGGAAAGAGAACGUCUUUAUUUACAGAUCUCUGCAUUGACCAAAAAGAACAAAAUCCUUGCGGAAAAAUGCAAGCAAAAUGAAUACGCAGGUAGCACUGUAGGCGAAAAGGAAAAUGAGAUUCAAGCUGGACUUGGUUCUGCCGAAGCACCUGAGGAAGCUUCGACAGAAUCUUCUUCUACAGAUGUUCAGGUGAAGUCAGCUGGAGCUGUGCCUGUUCCCAAGUCGGAAAUCGAGACUACUCUUUCCGCAGAAGACUCUGCAAGCGAAGAGUCGAAGCUCGAGGCAGUGACGAAUAUCGAACCGAUGCAAACGAGCUGGAAGUAUAUUUCAUUGGUUCUCCUAGUGUUGGCCGUCUCUGUUUUUUCAUACUACGUUUUUCGGGAAGAGAACUGCGUUGCCUAAGAGGAGCCGAAGACGCAGUUUGUUUGUUUUUGUUUCUGUUUUGCCGCAUCUUGCACGCGAUGCACUGCAACAACUGUUUGAUCCUGUUCUGUAAAUUCUUCGUUUAGUUUUUCUGGUUCUUUUUCUCGCUAGACGCACGCAAUUUUGGUAACUGGAAAAUGCUCUGUAUUGUGCCUGGAGAAUAACUAACCCUUAGAAGGCGCAGAUCCUUUUGUUUUUAGUUUCCUCCAAGUUAUGUUUCUUUUCCAGCACAGAUUAACUUGUAUUCCUCUCGCUCGAAUAAUGUCUCAGCAUUCCAGUAUGGUGUUAUGCAUGAUUGAGAUGAGAUGAUGUUCAUUCAUUCU